AUGUAUGUGACAGUUGCAGCAGCAGCAGUGGGUCUCCUUCUACAAGCAACAACAAAAAGACGGAGCCGCUUUGCUUCUUUACCAAACAACGUCCUUGUCAGCCGACUGAAGGAUAUCGUCUGCUCUUCUUGGGUUUCUGGUAGUAGCACCUCGAAAAGCAAUUAUCGUCUUCCUUGUUGGGAAAGUAGACAUUUAACUACAAGUGCUCGCCGAUCUUUCUGUUUAAAUCGCGUACACAAUUACAACAACAUUGCGAUGGCCCCGAAGAAAAGAGUUUGUAUUAUCGGAUCUGGAAAUUGGGGCUCUGCGAUUGCCAAAAUAACUGGGAAUAAUGUUCGAGACCGUUCAAAUCAGUUUGAAUCCCGAAUAAACAUGUAUGUGUAUGAGGAAGUACUAGAUGGUAAGAAACUAACAGAAAUUAUAAACACAACCCAUGAAAAUAUCAAGUACCUGCCAGGAAUAAAGCUCCCUGAAAAUGUGGUUGCUGUACCGGAUGUUGUUGAGGCGACGGCUGAUGCAGAUAUUUUGGUAUUUGUUCUCCCACAUCAAUUUGUGAAAGGAAUUUGCAAAUCAAUCAAAGGAAAAAUUAAACCUGAUGCAUUUGCUGUAUCUUUAAUCAAGGGCUUUGAUACUUGUGAAGGUGGAAUUAAGUUGUUGUCAGAUGUCAUUUCUGAGCAUUUAGGCAUCGAAUGUGCUGUCCUGAUGGGAGCAAACUUGGCUCAUGAAGUUGCAUCAGAAGCUUUUUGCGAAUCUACCAUUGGUGCUAAGAAUAAGGAAACAGGAAUGGUGUUAAAAAACCUUUUUGAUGCUGAUUACUUCCGUUGCUCUGUUGUCAGUGAUGCUCACACUGUCGAGGCAUGUGGAGCCUUAAAAAAUGUAGUAGCUGUUGGAUCUGGUAUCACUGAUGGCCUCAACAUGGGUGACAACACUAAAGCUGCUGUACUUCGGCUAGGAAUGAUGGAGAUGAUUGAAUUCAUUGAUAUUUUCUUCAAAGGUGCCAAGUUGAGGACAUUUUUUGAAAGUAGUGGUCUUGCAGAUCUUGUGGCUACCUGUCAUGGUGGGAGAAACAGGAAACUUGGUGAAGCUCUUGUAAAAACCAAUAAGACGGUCCCAGAACUUGAAAAAGAAAUCUUAAAUGGACAAAGUUUUCAAGGCCCACCUACAGCCAAAGAAGUUUAUGAGAUUCUUAAAGAAAAAGAUAUGUUAGAUCGGUGUCCAAUGUUUGUCGCAGUCCACCAUAUAUGCCAAAGGAAGAUGGAGCCUAGCAAAUUCAUUUCUCUUCUUAAAAAUCAUCCUGAACACAAAGCCAAUUGA